GUAUUUCCUGAAAUGUUACAGCCAUCUUCCAAGUUGAGGAGCCUGUGAUAGCUAGCCCUAGAGAUGAUUUUAGAUUGUCUGACUAAUUCAAAGGAAGACUGCAACUAACAUUUCUUCAACACCUGUCACUUGCAAUUUCCCUUUUAACAUGAAGAAGCAGGACCUGGGAGACAAUUAUAUCCAGCUAAUUAUUUUUUCAUAUUUAUGUUUGCGGUACUUUCUAUUUAUGGCUUAGAUGACUGCCUGCAGCAGUACGUCCACAAGUUUGAGCGAGAGAAGAUCAACGGCGAGCAGCUGCUGCGGAUCGCCCAUCAGGAUCUUGAGGAGCUGGGUGUCACUCGAAUUGGACACCAGGAGCUGGUGUUGGAGGCGGUCGACCUUCUCUGUGCACUGAAUUAUGGCCUUGAAACCGACAAUAUGAAGAACUUGGUUCUGAAAUUGCGAGCGUCCUCCCACAACUUACAGAAUUACAUAAGUAGCCGGCGGAAGAGUCCAGCUUAUGAUGGGAACACGUCCCACAAGCCCCCCAACGAGUUCCUGACUUCGGUGGUGGAGCUCAUAGGCGCGGCCAAGGCCUUGUUAUCUUGGCUGGACCGGGCCCCGUUUACAGGGAUCACGGACUUCUCAGUCACGAAGAACAAAAUCAUUCAGCUCUGCUUGGACCUGACCACCACAGUCCAGAAGGAUUGUCUCGUAGCAGAAAUGGAGGAUAAAGUUCUAUCCGUAGUCAAGGUUUUGAAUGGCAUCUGUGACAAAACAAUCCGCUCUACCACGGACCCUGUCAUGAGCCAGUGUGCGUGCCUGGAGGAAGUCCACCUGCCGAACGUCAGACCCGGGGAAGGCCUGGGCAUGUACAUCAAAUCGACCUACGAUGGACUGCACGUGAUCACUGGAACCACGGAGAACUCUCCUGCAGACAGAUCCCAGAAGAUUCAUGCUGGCGAUGAAGUCAUUCAGGUUAAUCGGCAAACUGUGGUGGGAUGGCAGCUAAAAAACCUGGUGAAGAAAUUGAGGGAGAAUCCCACCGGAGUCGUGUUACUGCUGAAGAAGCGCCCCACGGGUUCCUUCCACUUUACCCCCGCGCCCCUGAAAAACCUGCGCUGGAAGCCGCCUCUCGUGCAGACCUCGCCUCCGCCCACCACGUCCCAGUCUCCCGAGAGCACCAUGGACACCUCCCUGAAGAAGGAAAAGCCGGCCAUCCUGGACCUGUACAUCCCUCCACCGCCGGCCGUGCCCUACUCUCCCAGGAACGAGAAUGGGAGUUUCGUUUACGGAGGCCUCAGCAAGUGUAAACGGCCGGCGCCCGGCCCCAAGGGCUCCGAGUCCCCGAAUUCCUUCUUGGACCAGGAGAGCAGGAGACGGAGGUUCACCAUUGCCGACUCCGAUCAGUUGCCUGGCUAUUCGGUUGAAACCAACAUUCUGCCCACAAAAAUGAGGCAGAAAACGCCGUCGUACGGCAAGCCCCGGCCUUUGUCCAUGCCUGCGGAUGGCAGCUGGAUGGGGAUCGUGGACCCUUUCGCCAGACCUCGCAGUCAUGGGAAGAAAGGUGAGGAUGCCCUUUGCCGGUAUUUCAGUAACGAACGGAUCCCUCCGAUCAUCGAAGAAAGCUCCUCUCCCCCCUACCGGUUCUCCAGGCCCCACACGGAGCGGCAGCUGGUCCGAGGCGCGGACUACAUCCGAGGCAGCAGGUGCUACCUCGGCUCAGAUCUCCACAGCAGCGCCACCAUCCCGUUCCAGGAGGAAGGGACCAAGAAGAAACCCGCCUCCUCGGGGGCCAAGGCCCCGGCCACGGAACCGUCCCUGCUGGUCAGCUGGCUCACGCGCCUGAAACUGUUGACUCACUGAGCCCUGCCCUCGGGAAGCCCACUCCCGCUCACAAGUGCCUUCCUUCCUAGUGGGCCACCGUCCUGACGUUCAUGCACAGUAUUAUGUAGACACCUUUUGCAGAUUCUUUUGUGUGUGGUUUUUUUUUUUUUGGAAAAUUGUGUGCCACCCUUGUCGGAUGGUGGAAGUAAGUGGGUGGGAACCGAUCCAGAGGCCCUCGGUGCCGGCUUGUGGAGGCAGAGGGAAGAGGUGGGUGGAGUUGGCUUUUCUGGCCUCGUUCGAGUCGGAACCCGGAGACACUCUACAACCCAGCCGGCGGCCUCUGCCGGGAUUGGGGCCAAUGGGAGGACCUGGGGCAUUGUUGGUUUGGGGGCGGGACACAGUUGGGGGCCACUGUCGCACAGAUGUAUUGGUUUGUGGUCCAACUUCUCCGCCCGAGAAAGCCAGUGGGGAGAACACUUUGGUUUUGCUUGUGCAGGCGCCGUAGCACAUGCGGGAGGGCAGCAGCUUUGCCUUGGAGAUCACAUGACUCGGCAGUGUCUGCGCAGAGCAGAGGUGCGCGGGCAGACGGGUCACACCGGCUUCAUCUCCUGUUCAUCCCAGUCUCAGUUCAGGGCGAUGAACACAGAAACACACGGAGAGGGGGCCGGUCACACACAAAGCCCUGUCUACAAGGCCCCGAGGGUGUCCCGUUAUAUGUUAUCGUCUUUGAGGGAAGAGAAGCUAUAAGAUUUGCUGAUAGCCAAAGUCUCCUUAAGAAAAACGAAGCAGCAGGACUUAAGUUUGUGAAAGAGACGUCCGUUCGCACUGGGACCUGUUCAGCGUCUAUCUUCCAGAGGAGAACCGACCGCUCUUCAGUCGGCGGCCACGUUUAGCCGAUUAGAAAAACCCCGGCGAGUCUCACGGUCACAAAUUUUCAAGUAGCAUCAGGUAUUUUGGAAAAGUGUGUCUGGGUAUUAACUCUUGUGUAAGCUGAAUGUAUGAUAUUUUGUUAGAAUGGAAAAGUACUAUCUUGUUAAUUUAAGCGUUUUAAAUACAGUUGUAUAUUUUUCCUACUCGUA